AUGUAAACAUAAGAUGAUCAAAUGCGACAAUUUAUGGUCUACAUAUUGUUUUGUUCCAGCACUGAUGACUCAUAUGAUUCAAUGGUAAAAUUCCGCUUCCACUUUUCGUUAUUAGAUCUCAUCGCUGCCAAUAUACGUAUGUCCAUUUGUUCAUUUAUCAUAUGGAUAAAUUUAGCUAUCAUCGACACACCUACACCAAGGAACCAAUGAGUAUCGUGAACGUUAAUCGAUGUAUUGUGAAUUGUAACAAUAAGAGAGAUAUACAGUUUCCUUCGUGACAACCAAUCAAGACACUGUUCGAGUGCAAUUCCGAAUAUAAAAGCAUAAUGUAAUUUUGUAGUUUGCCUCGCAACGAGCGAUAAACUCAAGCCGCGAUAGAAACUUUGUGUCCAUGAUAGUGGACAUUCGGUUCGCGUGGUUAUCACUAGUGUACACAUAAAAUGGUGAGAGACGGGUGUCAUGGGUGCUGAACGUUGAAAGCAAAGGAGUUGGUUAAAGCCGAUAGUGCGCGUUGAUCGUGGAUACGGUGUAUCAAUAAUCAGCCGUGUUCUUUUCUUGGUUGUCAUUGAACCAUUCGAUUUAGAUAAGUGUGGAACGCGUUUACCAAUGCUGAAAUGAGGCAGAAGAGCGUCAUGCAUGGCGACUCGCGGAAACUAUGCGAUAGAUACACGCAGUUCGCCCCGCACGGGCUCUGCGCUCCGUCGGAUUAAUGAUCAAUGGCUUUAUUUGAGAAGCGAUACACGAAUAAAGUGCUACUAGAUGAUACAGAAAAGCUGACGAGCGUCAUUGAAAAUGCAAGAACAAUCGACGGUCACACGGAGUACGUGAUCAAAACACAGAGAGGUCCACUUCCAGAGAAAUCUUGGAGAGUCAGCAGACGCUACAAUGACUUCGUACAGCUUAAUGCAGCUUUGUCAAUAUCAGGCAUUGACCUGGCACUUCCACCAAAAAAGAUUAUUGGUAAUAUGGAGCCAGACUUCAUAGCUCAACGUCAAGUAGCCCUACAGAAUUACCUAAACAAUAUACUAAUGAAUCCGAUAUUGGCAUCGUCGCUUCCUAUGAAAAAAUUUUUAGAUCCGGAUAAUUAUACAGCACCCUUACAUGAAAUAGCUCUGCAACAGGUGUCACUAGCUUUACGCAGCGAUGCAAAUUUCGAGGUUUGUAAGGCGAUUCCUGAUAUGGGAUGGCGGCUGAGGAAGCAUUACUACACGGUGAAAAAUCGUCAAAAUCCCAAGCAAGAAUUGUUGUUAGCAUGGGUGGAAUUCGGUCCGGACAAACACCUGCAAGACAAGGAUAUGCACGGUGUCUUUAAAAGUUUAGGAACGUUGAAACAUAAUUAUAUAGAAUCAGUCGUGUACCAACAUGUGACGGAGAACGGCGCGUUAAUGAUUAGAAAUUUUUAUCCGCCGGGCACACUGCGUGACAUUCUGUGCGUGACCAAACCCAAACAACCGUUUAUAAAGAAAUACGGGAAUCCGAAACAAACCAAAUCACUCACAGUGCCUGAAAUUGCUAUGUAUGGUCACCAGAUUUUGGAAGCUUUAGGAUUUCUUCACGAAAAGGGCCUACCAUACGGACAUUUGCAUACAGGAAAUAUUCUUCUUACUCAAAGAUGCGCGAAAUUGUUAGAUAUAGAAAAUGGUCUAUUAGGAUUACCGGCAUUUUAUCGGCCUUAUGUUGUACAAAGACGUAAACUUCACGCCACGACGCAAGUGGACGUUUAUUCGUUUGGACAUGUAUUAUACGAACUGGCAUUUGGAAGACCGUUAUUGGAAGCCACAUGUUCAGAUUUACCAUACUGUGAUCCAAGUCUAAAGAGUCUGUUAGAGGUGAUACUGUCACCGGAAGCCCUGAAACAAGACCUGCCAACAGUGUCACAAUUAUUGGAGCACCCAUUCUUCGAAUCAGCGAAACACGCCGCGUUAGCCGCUGGUUCCAUGGAAAGACCACAUUUCAAGUUGAGCAGUCAUUUGAAAGAAGCUUUACAGGAAGCGAUGAACAAAGCAGAACAGAGACUGAAGGAUGAACAGAAAGUGGCGCGGCAUCAAAAGAGGCUCGUCAAGGUUCAGGAAAUGAUGAGUUCGGAGGAAGAGAUGAAGAAGCGAAAACAUAAACUGAAGAAAGAACAGAAAUUGGCCCAAGAACAACGUUCCGCUAAUCAAUUAAGCGCGAACGGAAUGAAACACGUGAACGGCAAGAGCCCGGAGCGUUCGGACAGCCCUACGAGUACUUCCACGGCGACCAGUGUCGGGACACUGACACCACCAUCGCUACGUUCUGCAGAUACGCCGCAAGGUGAUGCAGUUCCUGCUAAGAGCAUCAUUCCGCCACCGCCUCCGUCGAGAAUGCCACCACCGCCGGUUACCGCGGUGAAUAACUCCCCGAAAUUGACCAACGAACGAGCGGCUCUGCUUGGGAGUAUUUGUAAUUUCAACAAAACUAGUCUUCGUAAAGUUGCCAAUGGCUAUCAAUGAGAUGAUAGAGUUAGGAUAAUUGAGAAAGAAACAUGUGUCGAACGAUCGCAUCGAUUGAUAACUGUGACCGCGAUUCAUACCAAAAUGAUGUUAUUUUUGUUUCGAUAUCGUGAUGGUGUUUAUUAUUCUUUUCCUCGAUCGCGAUACUUGAAAAAUUCUACAUGUAUAAUGUGUAUUUACAUUUUGUAGAAUCAUAUGAAUAUUAUAUAUAUAAUAUAUAUUACAUUGCACAGGGAGAUAGAUAGACGUGACUCGUAUGUUUACAAAAUAAUCAUUUAUAAAAUGAUCCUAUUUAUGUAUGUUAGCGGCACGCGAAUCAUUGUUAGAAUUGAGAAAUAUUUCUUGUUAUUUUCUACACUUUAAACACCGUCCAAAGAUGGAUUCGAAAUUGUAAGAGAUUAAUUAAAAUACUGAACAAGCUUUAAAAAAAAAUGUUUCCCUUUUAAUUUCAUAUUUUUACAUACUCCUUGAGAAAUAAUAAAUUCUUUCAAUCUCUCUCUCUCUCUCUCUCUCCCUCUCUCAUAUUCAGUCCAUUGAAACAGUUGAUAACUGAGUAUGAAGAAACAAAUGUAAAUGAAACUCCUAUACUUCGAUCCAAGUCUCGCGAUCGAACAUUUUUUAUGCGCCUAUUUGUGUAACGUGUUCUUUGAAUUCUAUUCCGUGUAUGUGACUUUAGAGAAAUAAUUACACAAAAUGAUAAGUGAUGAGAUAAGAGAGAGAGAGAGAGAGAGAGAGAGAGAGAGAGAUAGUAUCUAUGUAUAUCAGUGAGAGUGUAUCAGUCAUGAGUGUAUCAUGUAAACUUUGUCCCGUUAGUGUUAAAUGCCAUUCUCUCUAUUUAAAGUUUAUGAUAUGUAUAACGUACUAGUGUACAGAUUCGAUAUCUCAUAAGAAAAGUGAUUAUCGUGUGUCGCUUUCAUCCUGUCGCCUCGUAGAAUCGGAAUUGUUACGUACUUUACGGUGGGAGAAUAUGUGCCAAGAUGUACGCGAUCUUUCCAUUCGGAGGGUAGUAAUAUCGCGAGAAUGAACAACGUAAUCUAUAUGUAAGGAAAAAAAUAUAUAUAUAUAAUGUACAAGAUCUAUCUGUGAAUAUCCUAUUAAAACAAUGUAAUAUAGUCACAUUUUUCAUAUGUAACGUCGAUUCUCAAUGUGAUUUGUUAAAUUGUCCUUAUAACAGUUAUAGAGUAUUAUAAACGAUGUUUGUUUAUCGACGAUCGUGAGAAACAGAUAAAAACAAAUUCUAUAUUUAUUUAGGAAUAUAACAUAACUUAUAUAAUUUGAAGAUGUUCGUACGUAUUAAUAAAUAUGUUUAGUAAAUGGAACCAUUAUUUGUUUCUAAGGAACGUAUUAGCUUACUUAAUUGUUACUUAGUUGCAAUUACAUGUUUCUGUAUAUACCCUCAGGCGUCAUGCUGUGUUGCUAAAAAUAAUUUAUUAAAAUGGAACAGCGGCGUGAAAGAAUAUCACAAGUAUAGUUCGAAUGCUGAUCGUAUUGGAUACAGCAGAUUGCCGAAAAACAGUUUUCUCUUUGAACGUAUUUUACUACUUACAAUUGAAAAUUUAAUAAAUACAAACAAUGCAUAUCCUUGCAGUAUUUUUAUCGUCUAGUUAUCUAUCGUUACUGUCAUUGUAAAUUCUUACGAUAUCAAAAAUAUACAUGUACAUGUGCAUA